UCUAAGAUGGCGACUGUGGAACCGGAAACCACCCCUACUCCUAAUCCCCCGCCUACAGAAGAAGAGAAAACAGAAUCUAACCAGGAGGUUGCUAAUCCAGAACACUAUAUUAAACAUCCUUUACAGAACAGAUGGGCACUCUGGUUUUUUAAAAAUGAUAAAAGCAAAACUUGGCAAGCAAACCUUCAGCUGAUCUCUGAGUUUGAUACUGUUGAAGACUUUUGGGAUCUGUACAACCAUAUCCAGUUGUCUAGUAAUUUAAUGCCUGGCUGUGACUACUCACUUUUUAAGGAUGGUAUUAAGCCUAUGUGGGAAGAUGAGAAAAACAAACGAGGAGGACGAUGGCUCAUUACGUUAAGCAAACAGCAGAGACGAAGUGACCUCGAUCGCUUUUGGCUAGAGACACUGCUGUGCCUUAUUGGAGAAUCUUUUGAUGACUACAGUGAUGAUGUAUGUGGAGCUGUUGUUAAUGUUAGAGCUAAAGGUGAUAAGAUAGCAAUAUGGACUACUGAAUGUGAAAACAGAGAUGCUGUUACAUAUAUAGGGAGGGUAUACAAGGAAAGGUUAGGACUUCCUCCAAAGAUGACGAUUGGUUAUCAGUCUCAUGCAGACACAGCUACUAAGAGUGGCUCCACCACUAAAAAUAGGUUUGUUGUUUAAGAAGACACCUUCUGAGUAUUCUCAUAGGAGACUGCGUCAAGCAAUCGAGAUUUGGGAGUUGAACCAAAGCCUCUUCAAAAGCAGAGUGGACUGCAUUUAAAUUUGAUUUCCAUCUAAACAUUGCAAAGAUAUGAGAAGUCUCAUUCGCCUUUGUCUUGUACUUCUGUGUUCAUUUUUUUUUAACUUUGGCUAGAAUAUUCACUUACCCAAUCAAAGAAUUAACAGUACACAUUGUCCCCAGAAUCCAAAAAUGUCUUUCUGGCCUACUGUGUAAUAGCUUAGGAAAAUUAUCAUUACAAACACUUUACCCAUCCACAAAGUUCAAAAAGACCUUAACAUUUCUCUAUACCUUACAGGAAAAGAAUUCUGUUUAUGUUCCAUUGUAUGCAGGAGCAUAUUUUGCUGGUUUGAAAGAGUAUGAUGCAUACAGUUUUCUAGCAAUUUUGUUUCUCUCUUUUUUUUUCUUUUUUUUUUUUUUACAGCAUUGUCUUUGCUGUACUCUUGCUGAUGGCUGCUAGAUUUUAAUUUAUUUGGUUCCCUACUUGAUAACAUUAGUGAUUCUGAUUUCACUUUUUCAUUUGUUUGCUUUGUUUUUUUCCUCAUGUAACAUUGGUAAAGGAUCCAGGAAUAUGACACAAAGGUGGAAUAAACAUUAAUUUUGGGCAUUCUUUGGUAAUUUUUUUGUUUUUUUUUAUAACUACAAAGCUUUGCUACAA